AUGUGGAAAGGCCUCUCGGUCCUCACAAACUCCCCCAGCCCGAUAGUAGUCGUCCUCAGUGGCUCCAUGGAGCCCGCUUUCCAGCGCGGAGAUCUCCUCUUCCUCCGGAAUACGCAACCUACACUGAACGUCGGAGAGAUCGUGGUGUAUCAGGUGAAGGAUAAGGAUAUCCCGAUUGUGCAUAGAGUGGUGAGGCAGUUUGGUGAGGGAUCCGAAGCCAAACUCCUCACGAAAGGCGACAACAAUAUCGCGGAUGAUACGGAACUCUAUGCGCGCGGACAAGAUUACCUUGAUCGGGACGAUGUUGUGGGAAGCGUGUUUGGGUACAUUCCAUUCGUGGGGUACGUGACGAUUCUUCUGUCGGAGCAUCCGUGGUUGAAGACGGCCAUGUUGGGGGUUAUGGGGUUGUUGGUGCUUUUGCAAAGGGAAUAA